AUGGCUUGGUGGUCGUGUAACUAUUGUACGUUGAUUAAUCAUCCAUCAGCAAAUCUAUGUGCCGCAUGCGGUUCACAGAAUCCAGCCUAUGGAACGCCAUCGAAUUCAAGAACACAACGAAGCCGUUUAAUGCUCAAAUUACCGAAACUUUCAAUGAAUGGCGCACUGAAUGCCAUAGAUUCAGCUUUAACGAGCGCAGGUCUCCUUCCAAGUGCUUUCUCUUCGGGCCCAGCCACUAGCCCACCUCAGCAUCCAUCAUCGAGCCACCCCUCUUCCAAGUGGUACACGUCCAUAUUUGAUCGUCUCACUGCUCCGAUCUCACCCUCAUCUCAAAAUGCACACACCCCGCGUUCCCCACCUAAUGUGUCACCAACCAGUGCCCAACCGAUGAGAGUUGCUCGUCCGCUCAAGCCUGUCCCCCUUCGGCGAACCCCGAAACCUCGGUCGUUGUCGCAUCCUCGUAUAGUAGAACAUAGUCGUUCAUCGUCAGCACCUACGUUCCCUACGUCACCAUCAACGUCAGCAUUGAACAACAACAAUACUAACAAAAAUCGUAGUCAACCUUCAAAAACGGUAAUAGAAUUGGCCGUAUUUCUGAGCAAUAAUCAGGGUCAGCAAAACGAUUCGCCUACUUCACGAUUCGUUUCAUCAUCUUCCAUACAUUUAGAGAAGAAAGAUGUGCAAGAUGCGUCGAGCAACUUUCAACGAAUCACUCAAUUUUGCAAACACAACAAUUUACCGUUUAUCGAUGACAGUUUUCCGCAGUGUGUGAAAUCGAUUGGUGAUUUAUCGUCGCAGAAUGAUGGCACUAAUAAGCCACGAGUGAAUCCGAAUGAGCUGAUUUGGCUGCGACCUCAGAAUAUGUUCACUAAAGAUGGUCGACGAUAUGCAUGGAGUGUAUUCCGUGACCCGAGACCGACAGACAUCGAACAAGGUUCUCUCGGUAAUUGUUGGUUUCUGUCGUCAUUGGCUGUAAUAGCCGAAAGGCCGGAUAUUCUUGAGCAGAUCGUUUUAACGAAGGUCUACAAUCCAUUUGGCAUCUACCAAAUACGUGUCAGUUACAGAUUAUGUGUUGAUGGUCGUUGGCAAGUUGUGAUUGUUGAUGAUUUUUUCCCGUGUAAUGCCCGCACUCGAGGCCUUGCUUUUGCUGUGGGUCGCCGAAAUCAGCUGUGGGUACCACUGAUUGAGAAAGCGUUCGCCAAAAUAAGCGGAAGUUACGGAAAGUUGUUAGCCGGUCGAACAAUCGAAGGUCUCGCCGUCCUGACUGGUGCACCUUGCUCACAAAUAGAUCUCGAGAGUGCAAACACUCCAGAUGCUCGACAAAUGUUAUGGGCAAGUCUGCUGAGCAUGAGGGAAGCUCGUUUCGUAAUGGGAUGUAGUUGCGGUGCAGGAAAACGUUACGUAAACGAUGCGGAAUAUAAAGCUGUUGGACUGCAACCGAGACACGCGUACUCGCUUCUUGAUAUCACUGAAUAUAAUGGACAUAGGCUAGUUCGUUUGCGGAAUCCAUGGGGGACGUUUGUGUGGAACAGAGAAUGGAGUGAUUCAUGGUCAGGCUGGACACCAGCAGCCCGUGCAGCUCUGCUGCCAAAUGGCCCUGAGGCUGGAACUUUUUGGAUACCUUUCAAGAAAUUCGUGCAGCAUUUUGAUACGGUAGAUGUGGCGAAGGUUCGUAACGUAUUCGGCUGGAAAGAGCUUCGCAUUGACUGCACACUUCAGGCAUCUUGGGGACGCUCCUAUAUAACAGGUAUUCGUAUCAUAACGCAGCGACCAACUGAGGUUGCGUUCACGCUCUAUCAGAAUGGUUCACGUCAGCGAACCGAAACCGACAUUAUGCUUUUAGUUCAUCGACGUGGCCCUCCUAACAGUGCCAUUGGUGAAUUAUUCACGAGGUCAGCCCGUAAAAUUGCACCGUUUGUGAGUACGGGUGAUGUGUUUCUGAACGGACCAGGCGAAUAUAUGAUUUUACCAUUAUCCUUCUCAAACGUUUGCACUGCUACACGUAUUAAACUGGUUGUUGCUGCACACAGUGCACAUCCGUUGAUGGCUGAGAAAGUACGCUUCCCAGCGAGUGUCGCCACAGAGUCACUGAUUGAAAUGGCUCUCAAAGAGGGCACUUUGCACAAGGCACUCGAAGGUGUGGUAGCGCGUUAUAUAACCGACAAUUUCAGUGGUCAUUUGCUCGUAAUCGAUAAUCUUCAUGAGGACAAAUAUUUGCAGGUACAUUGUGAUUGUUCAAAGUCGUCGAAUGUUCUCUCGACUCGAUUCACGUUUAACACAGUCGAUUCGAUACCGCCACUGCACAGACAGUUGAUAAUGAUGUUGAAUCAUUUCGAGCCGACGCAAGGCUACUAUGUUGGUCAUAGUUUAACGCAACGGAUCGUCUCAUUUCGAGGAUUACGCGAUUGGGUAUCGCUAGUGCCCGGUCGUAUAUCACUGCCUGCAAGCACCGAACAUAUCCCCCCGUUGAAUGAACCUGCUGUGGCAGUAUUACAUCGACCAACACCUUUAUAUAAAUAG